GGGACCAUCACUUACACACGACACGACAUCUGCCUUCAUCGUCACUUUCCCGAUUCACCAGACCACCGCGACCAUGGUUCGUGUUCUGGGACGCGAGCCUCCCUCACAAUGGAGUACAAUAAUUUCCACAAUUCCCAGCACAAGGACCUACUCAACAUCCCGGAUACAGGAAAUCCUCCAUAAACCAAAACUCAUCCCCGACCACCUCUCUCCCACCCACUCAAACCUCCUCACCAUCUCCCUCUCCGACCACAUCCCAUCGGAAUGCCUCCCAGAACAACAACCCACCUUGUCUUCGGGGGGAACCCCGCCGCCGCCGUCGUCACCGCCACCAUACCUCCCCCAGGGCCACCACCUCGUCUACUUCCCCAUCCAAGCCCGCCCCUCCGAGCUCCACGCCGACGGCACCGACUCCGACCACUGGCCGGGCCCGCCCUUCACGCGGCGCAUGUGGGCGGGCGGCGAGGUGUGUUUCCGGCCGGGCUGGGAGCGGGCCAUGCGACUGGAUGGCCGCAAGGUCGUCUGCACCGAGACGGUCGAGGACGUCAGGGUUUCGCCGGGGAGGGGAGAGCAAGCCAGGGCCUUCGUCGACGUGUGGAGGCGGUACCGGCUUGCGGACCAGAAAGACGAGGUGCCGGCGGCCAUCGAAGAGCGGAGGACGUUGGUUUUCAUGCCCGAGUCUGUGAAUUCCGACGAGACGGCUCUUCCCACCAGUCGAAAACGAGGUCUGAAGCCACCCCGCGAUAAUCCCGACUACGCCUUCACCCUGACGCCCACCCGCGCCCUGCUGGCCAACUACAGCGCGCUCACUUACAACGCCCACUCCAUCCACCUCGACACGCACCUGACCCGUGCCGAAGGUCAUCCGGGCCUCCUCGUCCACGGGCCGCUGUCGCUGACGCUGAUGUUUGCGGCGCUCAAGGGCCGGCUCUCACAGGGGCAGGGGCAGGGGCAGGAGCAGGGGCAGGUCCCAACAGAGGGCGUGCGGUGGUUAGGGUACCGCAACCUGGCGCCCCUGUACUGCGAUGAGGAGAUGAGAGUCUGUCUUAGGGAGAAGGAGAAGGAGGCGAGCGGGGAGCAUGGCGAGAGGAAAUGGGACGUGUGGGUUGAGGGGGAGAAUGGGGGUCUGGCUGUGAAGGGGACCGCGACGACGGGGCUGAUGAGUUGAACACUGGGCCGUGUGGGUGUAGUCCAUCUGACUAGGAGUAUGAGAGCCUCGUCCCGGCAAUGUAGCAUAAAACCCUGUACAUAUAUACUAUUUCCAUUGCUCCUCUACGGAAGCAUCCUCAUAGGGGAGAAGGCAUAUAUAGACCCC